AAUGCUAGCUCCCAGAAGAAACACAUCCUACUCAAAGUCACAGACCUCUCAUUUGAUCAUUAAUAAUCAGAUAAUAUUAAGUCAUCACUAUUUCAGCAUGUACCUGUAUAUCGUUGUUCAACACUUAAAUGCAUGUUCAACGCUGAUCUUUAAAUGAAGUGGAAAGGAACUGCAGAGCUGGACUGUCACUUGUGUCCCAGUGGCAGGCACUUGCUGUAAUCUGAGAACAGCCUGAUGGGCAGGGCACUGAGCCUUCUUGACUCCUACAGGUAAGAGCACUGUAAUCAUUCCAGGUGGGAGCCGGUGAGCACAGAUAUCCCUGUCUGAAUGCUCAAGAAGAGACAGUAAUCCCCCCAUCAUCUAAAUAAAUGAGCCCUGUGUGUGAACAUGUCAGACAGUGCUGGUGAGAUAACAGUGACAGAGCAAUUUCCCUCACACAUGGACAGAACCUGGGACAUUAAUGACAUCAGCCUCCCUCAGGCUGUAAAGCAGACAGACGUGUUCCAGGAGUGGACAGACUCCUAUGUCAAACUGGUCUACAGCUCGGAGGAGAAGAACGCACAGAGACACCUGAGUGGCUGGGCAAUGAAGAACACCAACAACCACAACUCCCGCAUCCUGAAGAAGUCCUGUCUGGGGGUGGUGGUCUGCAGCAACAACUGCACCACCGCGGACAGCAGGGAGAUCCACCUGAGGCCGGCCAUCUGCGACAAGGCCAGGCAGAAGCAGCAGAAAAAGGAGUGUCCAAACUGCAAUGCACCUCUGAGACUACUGUGCUGUAAAGGAAAUGGUGGAUACCCUGUCACCAAUUUCUGGAGACAAGAAGGACCAUAUAUAUUUUUUCAGUCCAAAGGACAGCAUGACCACCCCAAGCCGGAAUCUAAACUGGAAGCAGAGGCUAGAAAACUGGGUCGAAGAAAAAUCAGCCCCUUGAAGUCCUCUAAUUUCAAUAAAAUGCGGGAUGAGGAGCAUUUUCCAGGUAUGGCACCAAGUCAGGAUGUCACCUUCUCUUCUGUAUCACCCAUCCCAGACCACUAUCAAAACAAUGUGGACAAAAGACGUAGUAUUUCUUGCCCAAGGAGCUUUGGGAAUGCAAUAAUAUCUUACACAGCUGAAAGCCCACUGGAAAUGGACAUUGGCAGGUGUUAUGGUCCCUGUGUCCAGUUUGCAGGUGGACAUGACUAUGAGGAGCCCUGGAGUAAGAUAGCCCAAACCUACACUGGCCCAAGCAAACCCUCACAUGGACGUAUGCAGGACUAUGGAAGCACUUAUGAAUUUAGUGGUUCACAAAACUUCUUAGAUGUCUCACUACAGAAUAUUCAGCCCAUUGUACCAAAAAACAGUUUAUAUGGGUCGAGUUCAGACUUUGGCCCGCUGUGCAGUUUGGGUGAGUGUGAGAGAAAACAGCUCUGGAUCCCUGACAGCACUUUUCUCACCACAGACAGACAUCUUGAAGAGGACUUGUACUUUCAGAAACAGAAUCUCAGCCAUUCAAUACCCCCGUCACCCUUGCAGAUAAUGAAACCAAAUGAGCAGAGCUUUUCUGAAGGAAGACUUGCCAGUACUUGUCAUGCCACAGAGGAAAGAGCAUACUUUGUGAGUUAAGCAAAACCCCAAUGGGAAAAAACAUUUAAAUAUAAUAUUACUCUGACACAAUGCAAUUAAUUUUAAGAGGGAAAAGCAUUUUUUUGCUUUAAAUCAUGUACUUAUUGCCAAUGUAUUUUAUGUUUUUUUGUAUAUACACUGCAGUAUGAUGAAUUAGGUGUUGCAUUGAGAAAGGAAAUUUCUCCUCAUUCAUUCUAAAUUAUACCCGAACUACUGUUUGUCAGUAUUAUUGGCUUUCUUCCAUGCAAAACCAAUCUUUCCAUACGGUCAGAUGUCAGACACCCAUGAGAGCAAUUGAAUUGGCCAAAUGGAAUGGAGUUCAUUGGUGUCUCGGUUGAAAAAUAUAAACCAUUUUCUUCUCAAAUGAAGCCAAGAAACUCGGCUCUAGAUUAUUCACUGUGCAUUAAACCACUUCUGAAAGACAUACUGGCAACUGCAAUAAUGGGUAAAAGCCAGCUGUGAACUGAUGUUUGUGCUAUUGCCAUCCAUCACCCUCUCAUGCUUUUGGAUUCUUGGCAGAAGAGGUUGAAUGGACUCUUUUAUCUGACAGACACUCUGAGUUGUUUUUGAUUCUUGGAUGAUGAAGGAUUUAAGUGCUAUCUUGUAUCGCGUUUGUUGUGUUUAAUAAAUGUGCACACAGAGACCUC